GGUCCAUAUCAAUGAUAGGUCACUUUGUGGAUAAGGCGAUAGCUGACAGGCUGAGUGGUGUGUCAAUCAAACUGCCAUGUUGAUCAGUUUGAUUGACACACAACACUUUAGCGUCUGAAAUUGUGGAGCUCGCAGUUGUUUUGAUACCGCGAAGGCGCCCACGUGUAGUGUACCGAAAAAAAGAAGACGCCACCUUUUGUCUGAGACCGGUGGAUGGAGAUUCUGAAUCAGCAUUCUGUAAUUGGUGUAAAAACGGCUUUUCUGUCGGACAUGGUCGUGAAUCUGAUGGGAAACGUCACGAUGCACGUCAUUUCCCUCCAAUGAUGCACCGUCAUGCUAAUCCUGAAGCCAGAAAUCAGAGGGCUGCUAGUGCUGGCUACUCCAGAGCCCACAACUCAGAGGCUGUGGCCAAGGCAAAGGGAGGAGGAACGGGGGCAGGAACUGGAGGAAAGUCCAACCUGGCAGGGCACAUCAUUCCUGUGUACGGCUUUGGGAUCUUACUUUACAUUCUCUACAUACUGUUCAAGAUCACGUCUAAGGGGAGCAGCCAACCUCCAGAGGGCAGGUUUUCGUCAGUGCACGCAGAGAAAACAAAGAGAAAGAUCACUGAUUAUGAACUGGCUCAGCUGCAGGAAAAACUGAGAGAAACAGAGAUGGUGAUGGAGAACAUUGUUUCCAGUGCUCAUCACAGUACUGACAGAGUGAAGGGCGUGACGGCUGAUCAGGAGGAGAGUCUCCUGCAGCAGUUGACGGAGAUAACCCGGGUUAUGCGGGAGGGUCAGCUGGUGGAUGGAGUAAGUCCAGAAAACAAAGUCCAGGAGGACUGGGGAGGUUUUCCCGAGGAGCCUCAGCGUAACUGGGAUCAUUCCCACUGCUGUUGUCAGCACAGUCCACAGACAGAGACGGAGGCUGAAGCUGCCGACAGUGACCUGAUGGAAAACAUUCCGGCUGAGGACAUUAAAGGCAGAGUGGAUCCUGAGGAAGAGGAGGGAAAACUUGUGACUGAAGGACACGAGGCAGAUGUUGAACUAGAGAGUAACCAACAGGUGAUAGAGAGUGUGGAGCGGCAUGAAGAAGAGGAGAGAGGAGCUACAGUAGACCUGGACCUCCCAGAGGAGAUGAAUGGUAUCUUGGAGGAAGUGGAGCUCACACCCAAUAUGGGAUCCAUGAUGAAACCGGAGAAGAUGGAGAACCUGAUCAGACCGGUGGAGAUGGAACCUGCAGUCAGACGAAGGAACAAGAGGAGAAUAAAGAAAGCCUCGCAAUGACUUCAUCCUGUUCUAAAGGUAGUUUGACUCUCAACUCCUUCAUUCUCAGACUGGAUAAUGGCGACAGCAUGAAAAUGAGUCGGUGACAGUAAUUCCAGGGAGGUGUGUGAACAGAGCAGUUUAUAUCACAGAUCAACCAGGUCAUCAGCCACUCACUUACACUAAACAUCUCUUCACUACCUACACACACACCAUACACAUGCAUGAACACAGACAACACUGCUGUCAACAGUUUAACAGUUUCAUGUUUGUGAUGUUUUUUUUUUUUAAGGAGGCGACACAUAA